AUGAAAGAAGUGGGACAAAGGUUUGCUCAAGGAGUUGUUGAAUUUCGAGAUCCGUUGUCAAAGUAUUUUAUUCAUUCCGGUUUUGAUUUUGAUUUUGUUAAGAAUGAUAAGGAUCAUGCCACUGUUUAUUGUAAGAAAAGGGAUGAUUUGGGAUGUUUAUGGAGCGUGCAUGCUAGAGUGGAAAAUUAUAGUGAAGCUUUUGUUAUUAAACAAUUUGAUGAUGUUCAUACUUGUGGAUCUUCUUUUCGUACAAUUAAACAUGCUAGGAUGACUUCAAGUAUGAUUGGUGGGCUAAUUUCAAGUGAUAUUCGUAAUAAGGCUUUGACAUCGGUUAGUGAGGUGGUUUGUGAUUUCAAGGACUAUUAUGGAACAACAGUUUUUUAUCGGCGAGCUUGGAUGGGUGUUGAAAAAGCAAGAGGUCUUGUUUUUGGUGACUAUUCAUCAUCAUUUGACGAUCUUCGUUGGUAUGUUGAUGCCGCUAAUGAUUGUAAUCCGGGGAGUGUUUUUGAUAUGGAAUUUGAUGUUGAUAGUAAAGGAAGACAUUUCAAAUGCUUGUUUUUCGCUUUUGAGGCAUGUAUUCAUGGUUUUAAGUAUUGUCGACCUGUGUUGAUGCUUGAUGGAACUUUCUUGAAAGGAAAACACAAAUGUUGUUUAUUGUCUGCUACGACAAAAGAUGGUAACCAAGGUUUAUAUCCGUUAUGUUUUGCCAUUGUUGAUAGUGAAAGUUAUGACAGUUGGCAUUGGUUCUUGUCAAAGUUAUUUGUUAUUUUGACUCUGGAGAGGGAUAUUGCGUUUGUUACUGAUCGGCAUGGAGAAUUGAAGGGUCGUUGUGGUCGUAGUGUUGAGAAGUUUCUUGAGGAUUUGCCUAAUGAGUGUUGGUGUAACACUUAUUUUCAAGGCAAGAUGUAUGGUGAAAUGUGCACAAAUGCCGUGAAAUCUUUUAAUUCAUGGAUUAGGGAUGAACGCCAUUUGUUUUCAACUGGUCUUGUUGAUGCUAUAUGGGUGAAACUAAUGGGGCAAUUUUCAAGAAAGAGAGAAGUUGGAAAUAAGUGGAAUCGUAUUAUUUGUCCUUUUGCAGAGAAAAAGUUGGAAGAAGCUUUUAAUGAUACAAAAGCAUGGAUAAUUAAGAAAUGUAGCGAUGACAUUUAUGAAAUCCAAUUGGAUCAUUCAGUUAUGGUUGAUAUUGGGAAAAGUUCUUGUUCUUGUCGAUUAUGGGAAAUUGAUUCUUUCCCUUGCAAACAUGUUCCUAGUAUGUGGAAGCCAAAUGUAGUUGUCGAUGAUGACAUUGUUUUACCUCGUCUUUUUGCUGUUUUUGGUGUUUUAUACAGUGAUAAAUUUAUCACUGGAUUGAUGUAUUGGAUGAUUGGUAAGUUUGAUAGUGAAAACAUUUUUACCACUUCAUUUGCGGCAUUGAAGUGUGGAUCUUUAGUCAUUGCUCUCCUUGGUCUCAUGGAAUUGUAG